UAUUUAUUGAAAUAAAAAUGUCUCAGGCUAAUACUAACUCUGACAUGCAUCUCAGGAGGAUAGUCACUAUUACUAGCAUCACUAGGAAACCUAGGAAGAGCACUAGAACUCAUAAAGCUUAUCGUGGCAGAAGAGAGGCCAAGGGGAUGGACUUUAAGAGUUCCAAAUAACCAUGUAUUCGCUGUCUACUCACCAAUGAAAGUCUUGGGGGAUAGGUUUAAGUCCAAGAGAAAGAGAACUCAAAUAAACGCAAGCUUCUCCCCAGCCCCAAGUGGAGCAUCUAAGAACAAGUAUAGGACCACUAAGGGGUCCAAAAUGAGCAUCAUCAGGAAGAAAAGAAAAUCUUUGAAUAAAACUAUUAUUAACGUGUAUCAGAAAGCUACAAGCAGGAAAAAUCAGAAAAAGUUUGGUCAGGUACUGCCUAUACUUGAAAAUGUAAAUUUGAUCAAUAUUCCGGAGAAGACAAGGAGAAGGUCAAAGAGGGUCCAGCAGUUCAGAUAUCAUCAGAAUGUUUCAAAGAAAAAUUCGAUAAAGAAAUUGGCUAGGAGGUAUAAGGAUUGUAGGCAGAACUCGCUCCUGACCAUUGCUACCGGGACUAGUUCAAGAUAUCACAACACUACGAGGCAAACUGAUGCUAAAGAUAUGAAUAUGGAAAAAUUAUCUUCUCUCAAGUUGCCAAUGAUCAGACUAAACGAUCAGGCUCAGAUGAGCUCGCACAGACCUAAAUAAAAUCAGCCUUAGUAAUAACAGCAGGGCUAGUGAUGGGAAGAAGUCGUUAGCUAGAUCUAAAAAGAUAGAUUGAGCUUCACCUUUACCUCUUCAGGAGAACCUUAGGAAGUAUGAUAGUGCUUCCCAAAAGUCAAAUAUGCUGAAGUCUAAUUCAAAGCUGAACAAACAAGGCUUGAUGGUUCCAAAUGCUCAUAGUAUGAAGAAGCGUAAUCAUCAGAGCAAGGUUACUGUAAAGAAGGCCAAGAAACCUAAUUUGGUCAGGAAGCUUAACGAUAGUCUUACAGCAAAUACUGUGAAACCAAGUCAUUUUAAGAAGAACAUCAAGUCAGGGCUGAUCAAUGGGACAACUUUGGAAAGCUCUAAUUCAGGAACUACCAAGCGAGGAAGCUAUAGGAUAGUUAAUCCUCAGUUGUUCAAUAAUAAGGAUGAGCUCACCCCGGCCAAAAAGAGCGGGGUCUCUCAAAUAAUUGAAGAGGAAGAUAAAAAGCUGGAUGAGGUAGUCCUUAAAUCUCCUCAGCAAGACUCUGAUAGAGGCAAGCAUGACGAGAAAGAGAUCUCAAACCUCACGCUUGAGGAAUAUAUGCUCAAUUAUGGAAGACCUUAUAGGAACAGCAGUGUGAAAAAGGUCGAGUCAGUUACUACUUGGAGAGUAGUAAAUGAAGAUCCAUCUGAAAGUUAUAUUACUGUUGAUGAAGAAUUUGAGAAAGAAACACAAAAUCCUGUUUCAAAAUCUGCUGACCCAGAGAGAGAAAUGCCUUCUGAGGAUAAUAUCUCUCCCAGUAAGAAAUCAGAAGAGAAAAAGAGUCAAAUCAAGCUAUCUAUUUUGUCAGUGUUGAAGAAAAAGUCUACCCAUAUUUAUAAGAAGCAGAGGUCAACUUCUAAGAUUUUAGAUGAUAUUGAGAGAAAAGUUUCGUCUCCUCUCCUCCAGAAUGCAAUGAGUGCUUUCUUCAACACCUCAAAAGCGCCAGCUCCGACUGGGCCAAAGUCUAUCAGGAUGUCUAGCAACGCAAGUAUUCUAUAUCCGAUUCGUGAAGAAAAGGGAGCAAAGAUGUCAAUCCAUGAAGAUAUUCUUGAUGAAGUUAGUUCUUCUUCCCCAAGAUCUUCUAUUUCAGAAGAGAAAGGACUCAGAGAUAUUGAAGAGAAUUCUGCUCCUGAUGGGGAGUUACUCCACGCUGAAAGAAGAGGUACAAAUGUGAUGCUGAAGCUCCCGAAAGACCAGAGACUUCAGUUAGAAACAAAUAGUCCAAGGACUAACCGCCCUAGCCAGUUCAAAGAGAAAAGCUUUAUGUCGCUUAAAUCUCCAUAAGUUGUUUUUCAG